AACCGUGGCCAGAUUAAUUAUAGAGCGAAUAGUGGCGACUGAAUUUGAGCUCAGGUCUGAAGUUUGACCAGCAGAGAGAGAGAUAGAGAGAGAGAGAGAGAGGGACUGCGCCUACUUUCAGAGCGCGUUGGUCGGGACUUGGGGGGGUGGGUGUUGCUGGUGUGGACUUCCUCUGUAGCUCUCUCUCUCUCUCUAGAGCCCCCUCGCUCUCCUUCUCUCUCUAAAAGCUUCUUUUGCACUUGUGUUUAUGCGCCUGCUGAUCCCUUCCCAUCACUAUCAUCAUCAUCACAUCAUCAUCGUCUGCACAGCCUCUCUCUUUCUUUCUCCCAGAAAGAAGCAGUCCCAAUAAUUUCUUCCAUUUUCUCACAGAUCCAGCUCAUCCUUUCUCUCCCCUCCUCUGUUUUGCUGGUAUGUUGGUGUCAUUGGACUGGAGUUCCAGUAAUGAUCGGAGCAGAUACUGUGGUAAUUUUGAUGAAAUACGAGGUGAAAAUUUAUGGGAUCAGUUUUUGUGACGAUCUGUUUGAGAGAAACGUCGAUUAGCUGCUGAUCAUUUCAGUUAUAAUUCCUCAUUUGGACAAUAAAAGGGUUCUUUAUAGUUCUUGUACAUAUUUCAACCUCUUGCUUUUUUAUGGAAAUCUUGACCUACAAGUGAAUAAUAAUUUUCCAUUAUUGCAAUGGGUGGGCUUUGCUCGAAGGGUUCCCCCAUAAAUAAUGCUCCCACUGGAAGCUUUGCACAUACUAAUGGUCAUCUGAGUCAUGGCUCUGAGUUGGUUUAUCAGUCCCGUGGAUUGCCUGCAAAAAUGGAAGGCAAUUUGCCCACAUCCCCAAUUGGGCAAGGCAUGGAUAAGCAAUUACGAGAACCAGUUUCUUUUCCAGAUAUUAAUGCAGUUUCACAUGGAACUGACCCAAAUGAUAUCUAUGAUGGGAUUCCUCGCUUGUCAAGGGCAUUAUCAAACAAAUCUAGAUCAGCGAAGUCUAAGCAGGCUGCUGUUGCUAAGGUUUCAGAAGUUAGUUCACUUCUGGGCAAAGCUGGCACUGCUGGGCUGGGGAAGGCAGUGGAAGUUUUGGACACACUUGGUAGUAGCAUGACAAAUUUGAACCUUAGCGGUGGUUUUGGCGCAGGGGUGACUGCGAAAGGGAAUAAAAUUUCAAUUUUAUCUUUUGAAGUUGCAAAUACAAUUGUUAAAGGGGCCAAUCUUAUGCAAUCCCUCUCAAAGGAGAACAUCAGACACUUGAAAGAGGUGGUACUUCCUUCCGAAGGUGUGCAAAAUUUAAUAUCAAAGGAUAUGGGUGAACUCCUGCAAAUUGCUGCAGCUGACAAGAGGGAUGAGUUGAAAAUUUUUUCUGGAGAGGUGGUCCGCUUUGGAAAUCGAUGUAAAGAUCCUCAGUGGCACCACUUGGAUCGUUACUUUGAGAAGCUAGGUUCAGAACUUACACCCCAAACGCAACUGAAAGAAGAAGCAGAAACAAUUAUGCAGCAAUUGAUGUCUCUGGUUCAGUAUACAGCUGAAUUAUAUCAUGAGAUGCAUGCUUUGGACAGAUUUGAGCAGGACUACAGGCGAAAGCUUCAGGAAGAGGACGCUUCAAAUGCUACUCAAAGGGGAGACAGUCUCGCCAUUUUGAGGGCAGAGCUAAAGAGUCAAAGAAAGCAUGUCAGAAGUUUAAAGAAGAAAUCACUUUGGUCCAAGAUUUUGGAAGAGGUGAUGGAGAAGCUUGUAGACAUUGUCCAUUUCUUAUAUUUAGAGAUUCAUGAUGCCUUCAGUAGUGCUGAUGGUGAUAAACCUGUAAAGGGUUCUUUAAAUAAUCAUCGAAAGUUGGGGUCUGCAGGCCUUGCAUUGCAUUAUGCAAAUAUUAUUGCUCAAAUAGACACUCUUGUAUCCCGAUCAAGUUCCAUACCUCCAAAUACAAGAGAUGCUUUAUACCAAGGACUUCCACCUAGUAUAAAAUCGGCUUUACGCUCUAAAUUACUGUCAUUUCAAGUUAAGGAGGAGCUUGGUGUCCCACAAAUCAAAGCUGAGAUGGAAAAAACUUUGCGAUGGCUUGUUCCAAUUGCCACCAACACAACAAAAGCUCAUCAUGGCUUUGGAUGGGUUGGUGAAUGGGCAAAUACAGGCUCUGAGAUGAACCGAAAGCCUGCUGGGCAGACUGACUUAAUCCGGAUUGAAACACUCCACCAUGCAGAUAAGGAAAAAACUGAAGCUUGUAUUCUUGAAUUGAUAGUGUGGCUUCAUCAUCUUGUCAGCCAGUCAAGGGUCAAUGGUGGAAUUAGGUCUCCUGUUAAAUCUCCCAUUCGUUCCCCUAACCAGAAGACAAUUCAGUUGUCUACUUAUAAGCCUAAUUCUCCCUCUACAAUGCUUACGGUGGAAGACCAGGAAAUGCUACGGGAUGUGAGUAUGAGGAAACCAACUCCUGGAAUAAGCAAGAGCCAGGAAUUUGACACUGCAAAAACUAGGUUAUCCAAGCACCAUAGGCUGAGCAAGAGUAGCAGCCACUCUCCAACAAAUGAAAGUAAGAAGGGGCUCUUUCCCUUUAGGAGGCCAUCUUCCAUUCCUGUCAUUGACUUUGACAUCGACCGGAUCAAAGCCUUGGAUGUCAUUGAUCGAGUUGACACCAUUCGGAGUUUGUAAUUAUAAGUAGUGAGAUGCACAGGCAAAGGGACCUUGUGGAUGCGUAGAGGGGUCCAUCUGCUGCUGUAUUUUUUGCUUGUUGAGUGCUCUUGGCUGUGGCAAGGGAUGGUUAUAUGAGGCACAGGAUGGUGGGUAAUGGUAGUUGAUGCGUUUUUUGUUAUGUGAAAUUUUAGUAAAGAUGAUGGGUGGCGAUGUGUUCAGGGAGAUUGAUUGUUUUGAGAGGCAGAAUGGGUAUCCAGGGAUAUGCAUGUACAGAAUACUUACCAUUUUCUUGAUAGUUGAAAAGUUCAAGGCUCUGUUUCUGCUUU